GCAAAUUAUUUGGCGGCUAUCGCAUUACUCCCAAACACUGUCGGGCCACAAAAACUUUACCCAGUUCGGAUCCCCGCUCGAAUGGUCCAACCAUUUGCAUGUUCAAUCAUGAGUGCGCCCAACGUGGAGGCGAAGUAGUGGGAGCCUGCAUGGAUGGUUUUCUGUUUGGCGCCUGCUGUCAGAUACCACAAACCCAUGAACUGGCCAGCACUUUGAUCAAUGAUGCCCAAAAUGCCUAUUUCCAGCAACAUCAGCAGCAACAACAUGCCGCUCAGUCAUCGUACGAGAACUAUGGGGAACAGCAGCUGAGUGAGGAGGAGCAAUUGCCCUCAUCUUCGCAGAAUAUUGAUAAGGUCUAUCAGCAGUUGGGUAGCAGUAGUACCCCCAGCAAUGGGUACAGUGUGGAACAGACACAACAUGAGUUUGCCUCAACAGAGGCGGCCACUUACUCCUCCCCCUCUUCGGCUUCCUCUUCGGGUAGUGUGGAGUUUGAGCAGGUACAUGAGGAGCCACAACAAACGGUUGAAAAGAUUCCGGAACCACCUACUCUGCAUGUCCACAAGCAUUCGGUAAAGAUCAAUUCACCAUCAUCGCCACCACAAAAUGAUGAUUUUGUGAUGCAAGUACUGAGCACUUUACCCCCAGAGCAUAGUCAAGAUCAUCGCGUUACCUUUACCACUGAGGUGCCCAUGAAACUGGCCAAUUUGGAUAGUCAUGCCAGUUCCGAGUCUAGUUCAUUUGAAGAGCCCACCUCACAAACUCCAGCGCCCAGCACAAGACCUCCCACGAGAACAACAACAACUAAAGUGACCACAACGAGACCCAAGCCAAAACCAAAGCCUAAGCCGGUGCCACAGCUGGUGGAGACAAUGAAACGACCCAAGCCAAAGCCUGCACAGCAGACCACAGCGUCGACAACCACCACCACACAUAUGCAUCAUCAUAAUCAUCUGAUACUGGAUGGUGGUGAGUUCACACACAGCGAUAUUACCCAUCCGGGAGCCGAUGCUGAUUUGGUAGAAGAUUUGCAAUUCUCAACGGGCUAUGGACCACAGCCUAUUUAUGUGGAACCUCCCAAGGAUAGCAGCAGCACACAACCGAGUGCUUCAGCCGAAGAUAAAUAUGACCAAGUGCCAACUUAUACCGACAAUAAUUUCAAGCGUCCAAGCAGCCAUAGUCCUGGAACAACUGUUUCCUCCAUUACAACGCAUGUUGAUUCAAUUGAGUCAAUCAUUUUGCAAUUGAAUAACACCAAUCAUGGUCCUUCCUACAAUGUGGUCAAUAACCAACAGACACCACCUUCUUAUGGCGGAUAUCCCAGCUCAAGUCAGAGUGCCACAGAACAGCCUUCUAGUGAGUUCUACCCAGAGGCUAACAACGAAGCUGAUAAGUCAUCUUACGCCACCACUGACAUCACUGCUUCCUAUGACAAGGUCUCUGAUGAACAGGACCUCUCAGGUGAAGCAUCACCAGAGUUGCCCACGGCAAGACCCAUUUAUGGCGAGGACGAUACAUCUGCUGCCCUCGAGGAGCAUACUAUGCCAGCCACUGGAUAUCAUGAUGCCAUCUCACCACUGGCUCCACAAACAUCUGAGUUCAAUAAAAUGCCUGUAAUGGGCAUUGCCUAUCCAGUGGAUAUGUCCUACAUCGAGGAGGAAUCGGGCCAAUCGAAUACCGAAUCUAGCUAUCAGACACUUGCCCAAAUCCCCACUGAAAAGGAACCUCAACAUGCUCAUCCAUCUCCAGCUUACGUAAGACCUACCACAAAUGUCAAUAAGCCCAAUCGUCCAGUUAGCAGUUAUAUUGGUAUGGUCACUAUGCAAAAUUACAAUACUAAGAAGCCAUCUGUUAGCGAAUAUCAAGGACAAUUGCCAGCCGAAGUGUCUGUCUCUUCGCAUACAACCAAAGUGCAAGAGGACUACGCUGAAAGUCCUUCAUCCGAGGGUUACAGUCAACCAAUUAUGACAUCUACAACAUCCGCCUUUAUUUCAUCCACAUCCAAGCCACUGGCUCAACGACCACAAUACGACAGUACCUACGAUACCUCAUCACUGCGUCCAGUUUUAGUUACGGCUAGUCCUAGACCACGACCUCCAUUGCGCCCACAGGUUAGCUCCAAGCGUCCAGCUAUCAAGAAACCCAUCAAUAACGAGAGCACUAAGAAGAAACCUCAGCCUGCUAGCAAUUAUGGUCAAGGCGAAGACGAGUCGCCCAUCACUCACAUACAAAUAAAGAAGCCUUCCAACUCUUACAACAAGCCAACUGUCGAGCAAACAGCACAAACGUCUUAUCCACAAUCAGCGGAAGCUCCUGCCUCGAACUACCAGCAACCCGAAGUUUCAGCUUCUACGAACUACAAACAGCCAGAACAAACUGGAUAUCCCCAGACAGAAGCUUCUGUGGAGAACUACGAGCAGUCAGCAGCUGCAGCAUCUACCUAUCAGCAAUCCGAAGAAACCGGCUAUCCUCAGUUGCAUCAAGAAGUUUCCAAGAAACCACCAUCCGGUGUCAACUAUGAUCAGCCAGCGCCGCAACCUUCGCUAACAUACAACGAAGAGGGCGCUGUGGCCAGUUCACCUGCUCGCAAACCCUCAACAGCGAAGCCCGUCUCGACGAGCUAUGUUACCGGACCCAGCACUCCACGUCCUCCAGCUACUGUCGACUACCAUUAUGACAAUGUGCCACCUCUAUUCAUGGCCGAUGAUAAAUUGGAUGCCUUCAUUCAAAGCACGGCUGAGAAUAUUGUAGGCUCGACGCCUGGAAAUUAUCAACCACCUCUUUAUGCCACUGCCUCGACACCUGUGCAUGUCCAUCGACCAACCACUGCGAACUAUGGGCAUAAGAGACCUGGCUUUGUGCAGAUCAACAACACACCAAAACCACCAAGACCCACCGUGUUGAUAACACCCAAACCGACGGCCAUCAAUUUGGUGACGGCUUCUCCUUCAGCAUCACCGGUAAGCUCGAACGAUUUUGAGGAUCCUGGCUACUUUGGCAGCAGUCCCCUGCAUGUGUCCGCUUUCACACAAUCCACCACAGAAGCGGAAGCGCUUUAUGCAGUGCCAUCCGAUGACAAGCCUGCAUUCCCUGGCUAUUAUGGGCCAACGCCCACCUAUCCGGCAUUCCCAGUGCCGGGCGAGAAGAUUGGCCAGCAAGUGGCCAACGAUGAGACAUACACGUCACCGAACGAUUUUGUUAACUUCCCGCCUGUGCGUAAUCCAAAUUUAAAUAUGUCCGCUGCCUCGAGCGCUGUCACCAGCGACUUGGAGCUCUCGACGCCCGCUUUUGUUGAGGAUAUUGUGCUGAAGGAUAAAAUGCACACGUUGGUGCACAAACUGGUUGCGUCAUUGCAGGGCAACUUUGAGGCACUGGCCGAUAUGAUUGAUGAGACGAACAAUACGGCAUCUACCUACCAGGCGGGACCAAUUAGUGGCGCCGGCGGCGGCUCUGGAGUCACCACUAAGAAGCCCACACGCAAGCCCGUGAGACAGGGCAGUACAACCAAGCCCAAGGCCACCACCACAAAGAAGCCAGUGACGCGUGUGACAACAAAAGCCCCGAACAAAAAGACAUCGGUGACCACACGAAAACCCCAAACGGCAAAUCGACGCACCACUGUGGCGCCAUCAACGGUGACAACCCGCAAGCCGACAGCAACAAAGAAACCCACGCGACGUGUCAGUACAGUAAAAACGACAACAGUGAGCUCGGCUCGACCAGCUGACGAUGAGAUUGUCGACGAGGAGGAUGAAGAGGAUGUGAAUCCAAAUCCGCAAGAUAAUGAAGUUGAUCAAGAUAGCACUUUGAGCUCGUAUGGCGGGGCCAAUGGACGCAAGAUUCAAUGCGGCAUUCGUCCACAUGUCAAGUCUGGUCGUAUUGUUGGCGGUAAAGGUUCUUCCUUUGGAGCCUUUCCCUGGCAAGUUCUAGUGCGUGAGUCCACCUGGCUGGGACUUUUCACAAAGAAUAAAUGCGGCGGUGUUUUGAUCACCAGUCGCUAUGUCAUCACAGCAGCUCAUUGUCAACCAGGCUUCUUGGCCUCUUUGGUGGCUGUUAUGGGUGAAUUUGAUAUUUCUGGUGAUUUGGAAAGCAAACGUCCUGUUACCAAGAAUGUCAAACGUGUCAUUGUACAUCGUCAAUACGAUCCAGCGACAUUUGAAAAUGAUUUAGCUCUACUCGAAAUGGAUAGUCCCGUGCAGUUCGACACGCAUAUUGUACCCAUUUGCAUGCCCAACGAUGUGGCCGAUUUUACAGGACGCAUGGCCACAGUCACUGGCUGGGGAAGACUUAAAUAUGGCGGCGGUGUGCCCUCAGUGUUGCAGGAAGUACAGGUGCCAAUUAUUGAGAAUAGCGUGUGUCAGGAGAUGUUCCACACCGCCGGUCACAAUAAGAAAAUACUCAACUCAUUUCUGUGCGCUGGCUAUGCCAAUGGGCAAAAGGACUCUUGUGAGGGUGACAGUGGCGGUCCUUUGGUGCUACAGCGUCCUGAUGGUCGCUAUGAGCUAGCUGGAACUGUAUCCCAUGGCAUUAAGUGUGCAGCGCCCUAUUUGCCCGGUGUCUAUAUGAGGACCACCUUCUACAAGCCUUGGCUGCGUAGCAUAACGGGUGUCAAAUAGAGACCCAGAGAGUAGUAGUAGAGGCGCAGCAAGUGUAAAUAGAAAUAGAGUUAAAAAACAAAACAAACAAACAAAAAAACGAAUGUCAC